UCACCUCGGCUCCUCUCAAACUUUGAAUCUCAUAUUUUCGAUUUCUCGGACGUCACGUGAACGCAUCAUUCCAGACAGCAUCGUUACAGGAAGUCAGACUCUCUCUGCUGGACCCAAAGAUCCAAACCUGCAGAUAAACCAGAACCCACAGAGAGCUGGAGGAAUAGAAAGAGUCCACUCUUCUCUGACUCUGUUUCUGGUUUCUAGAGAUGGAUAAACUUCGUCGCGUGCUGAGCGGUCAGGAGGAGAACGAGGAGCUGGGUCUCACUGCGACGGUCCUGGAUGCCAGCUCUCUCAGCUACAGCACCAGGGUGAAAUGGUUCUUCAUAUGCUUUGCUGCAGGCAUCCUGUGCUCAAUACUCGGCACAGCACUGCUGUUCCUUCCAAAUGGAAUCAAGCUGUUCGCCGUCUUCUACACGCUCGGAAACAUCUCAGCUAUCGCCAGCACCUGCUUCCUAAUGGGACCUCUCAAACAGCUGAAACGCAUGUUCGAACCAACCAGACUGAUUGCCACCAUCGUUAUGCUGCUCUGCUUAAUCUUAACCCUCUGUGCCGUGUUCUGGUGGCAUAAAAAGGGUCUGGCCAUCAUCUUCUGUAUUCUGCAGUUCUUGGCGAUGACCUGGUACAGCAUCUCAUACAUUCCCUUUGCCAGGGACGCGGUGAUGAAAUGCUUCACGACCUGCCUGAGUUAGGACCCCCAGAGUCCACCAUUUCAUGGGAAGACUGGUCCUAAUAUGCAAACUGCAGCAAACAGCGGCUCUGUAAAAUAUCAUCUCUGUUGUUUAUACACUUUAUCUCCACAUUUUUACUACGGCCUUUUUCGUACUGUGAAUAUCACUUUUUAAGUCUAUAAUCAGAUUCUAACUCUUCCUUUGACCUGAGAGACUGGAGCGACUUUAAUGCUUAAUAUAUUUAAAGAUUCUUCUGCUGAAUGUUCAGAGGGUUUUAUUCCAUAGAAGUGCAGGGACUUGGCUUUACCAUAAACUGUAGUCCCAGUUCACAGGUGCCUUGAUUAUGACCAACCGUUCAUAUCCACACACUGACGGUGUGAUUGGACUUCUUACACCAGCUUUGUUUGAGUUUCCUGUGUGUGUAAGAUGCACUGAUGUAUAAAGAUGCUCUCAGAUGCUCCUCCAUGUUUAUUUAUGAUGCUCCUCCUGCUUGGCUGCUGAUGAUGAUGGUGUGUGUGUGUGUGUGUGUGUGUGUGUGUGUGACCCACAGCUCUGUUCAGGUUUUUCCAGCUAACACAUUAAAAGCAGCUCCUGUCUA